CCGGUUCCGCCGUCGGGAGUCAGGGCCGGGAGAAUGAUGGUGGUUUGACUCCUAUUCCUGCCGCGCACGUGGAUCUUGGCGUCCUAGUUGCCAGAGCGAUGGCGGAGUUGGACCGCGUAAUAAAGCCCAAAACAAAACGGACGAAGAGAUUCCUUGAGAAGAGAGAGCCUAAACUCAAUGAAAAUGUUAAAAAUGCCAUGCUUAUUAGAGGGGGAAAUGCAAAUGCAACAAUUACUCAAGUACUCAGAGAUAUGUAUGCUUUGAAGAAACCUUACAGUGUUUUAUAUAAAAAAAAAAACAUUACAAGACCCUUUGAGGAUCAGACAUCACUGGAAUUUUUUUCGAAGAAGUCAGACUGCUCCUUAUUCAUGUUUGGGUCUCAUAAUAAGAAGCGACCAAAUAAUCUCAUAGUAGGCCGUAUGUAUGAUUAUCAUGUCCUGGAUAUGAUCGAACUAGGUAUCGAGAAGUUUGUCUCACUUAAAGAUAUUAAGAACAGCAAGUGUCCUGAGGGAACAAAACCCAUGUUGAUAUUUGCUGGUGAUGCUUUUGAUGUAAGUGAAGACUACAGAAGAUUGAAAAGUCUUCUUACUGAUUUCUUCAGAGGCCCUACGGUGCCAAAUAUUCGUCUCGCUGGUUUAGAGUAUGUCUUGCAUUUCACUGCACUGGAUGGGAAGAUUUACUUUCGGACUUAUAAAUUAUUGUUGAAGAAAUCUGGUUGCAGAACACCACGAAUUGAAUUGGAAGAAAUGGGACCAUCACUGGAUCUGAUCAUGAGGAGAACCUAUUUGGCAUCAGAUGAUCUUUACAAGUUAUCCAUGAAAUUGCCUAAAGCCCUGAAGCCAAAGAAGAAGAAAAAUAUCUCUCAUGAUACUUUUGGUACAACUUUUGGAAGAAUUCACAUGCAGAAACAGGAUCUGAGUAAAUUGCAAACAAGAAAAAUGAAGGGGUUGAAGAAAAGACCUACAGAAAAGUUAAUUGAUAAUCAAGAAAAUGGAUCUGAGAAAAAUAAGAGGAGAAAAAUUGAUUGAUUAAAUUUAGUCUAUAGUUGACUGUUAUUAUAUUUUACAGGAAAGAAUUAUAAAAUUACAUGGAUCUAUUAUAUCUUUUCAUCUUCUUUUUUUUGUAAAAUGGUAAAUGUAUAAUUUACAUUAUCAUAUUGUAAACUCCUGGAGGGCAAGAACUAUUUUAUUUCAUCAUUGUAUCACAAGUGCCUACAUAGUGCCUUGUAAACAAUAAGGCUUAAUAAAUGUUUGCUAAAUAAAAUUUCAUUGAGAUUGUUCUUAUAACUACUGAUAUAGAAAGACCAUGAUGGUGUAAGGGCUUAAAAUAAAUGCCAUUUGCCUCCUAUUUUUUUGGAUAAAUGUAUGCCCAUCCUGUAUUUGCCAUCCAUAUACCUAAUUAGGCCUCUGCAGGGUUUUCCCAUAAGUAAAUACAUGUGUAUUUAUGUGUGUAUAUAAAGAGGGAAUCUAUUGACUCAAAAUUGGAAAAAAUGUGCAAAGUAGAAAAACAAAGGAAGGCUGAUUAUGGGCCAUGACAUCUCAGGUGUCUCCCUAAUGGUUGCUCCCCACUCCAAAAUAUUGCUUCCACGUGUAAUUUUUUUUCCCAACGUAGUUGUUAUACCACCUGAAAGUCCAGCAAUUAGAAAUUAAUUUGUUUUAACAAGCAACUUGUAAAAAUCCAAAUAUCUCUGGCAGAAGGGUUAAGAAUUCAUUCACAAUUUGUCCAUCCAUUCUGGAAGGCAAUUUGGAACUAUACUAAAAAAGUUAACUAUUUAUGUAUGUACCUUUUGAUGCACGAAUACCACUACUAGGCCUGUGCCCCAAAAAGAUCAAAGAAAGAGGAAAAGGACACAUUUUUUUAAGAAAAAAAGAAAUGAAGGUUUCAGAGAAACUUGGAAAGACCUGUAUGAAUCAGUGCAGAGCGAAGUGAACAAAAUCAGAAUAGUUUAUAACAAUAUUGUUUAAACAAACAACUUUGAAAAACUGAAGAACUCUUGAAUAACACAGGGACCAAUCAAGAUUCCAGAUAAUGAAACUCACUUACCUUCCUCUUGUCAGAGAAGUGAUACUCCAGAGCAGAAAGAGGAGAUAUAUUUUUUGGACAGGGCUAGCUAGUGGGGAAAUUUGUUUUACUUGACUACACAUAUUUGUUAAUAGGGUUUUGGUUUUAUUUUUCCCUAAUAGGGGAGGUGGGAAUGGAGAGAAUUGGAAAAAAAAAAUUUUUUUUUAAGUUAAUCCACAGUAUAAUUCGAUGACAUUUUUUUCUGUCUUGCUGUGAUCUAUACUAAUGGAAAGUAAGUUUUGAUUGAGAGUUUGCAUGAGGUAGAAGUAGGUAAUUUUGGAGUAUGAAGUAAUUCAUGGUAAGGGAGAAUGGAGGACAGCUAGUAUGCUUAUAUCAAGCAUACUGGAAGCCAGGUUGGUUUUUUUUUAAUUAACAAAAAUUUAUUUUCCCUCUUCCUUCUCCACCCCAUUUCUGCCACUGAAAGAAGAAAAAGAAAAACAAAACCCUUGUAACAAAUAUGCAAAGUCAAGCAAAACAAACUCCUACACUGCCAUGUCCAAACACAAGUCAGGAUGAGCUAAAGGAUCAGCAAGUUCUCUGGUUUGACUGGAGUGAGGAAUGGGAAAAGCGAAAUGCUAUGAAAUUAGAUUUUAGAGAAAGCUUAGCCAGAUGAGGUAGUGGUGGGUCUGAAGUUUCAGGAUCAGAAGUUUAUAGUUUAUAUUUUUAGAUAAUAAAGAUUCAAUCUUCCAAUUAAGUAAAGUUAAGAAAGUGGGGGAAACCCUUGUAACAAAAUAAGCAUAGUCAAGCAAAACAAAUCCAUGCAGUGGCUAUGUUCAGAAUUGUGUGUUUCUGCACCUUGUAUCCAUCUCUCUAAGAGCUUUAUCACAGGAGCUUUGGAGACAUUGGCUGGAAACAAGCAUAGUUGUUUUUCUUUACGAUGUGAUCCUUGUAUAAAUUGUUCUGAUUAGAA